AUCAGAUCGGCCGCUCACCACACCAACCGCAGGCAGCGAGAGACUGCGAGACCGCUGCGCUGGCAGGACCGCAGGAGGAGCCACCGCGGAGAGGGAGGAAAAGAAAUCCCGGGGAAACACGUCGGAACCAACCACAACGCAGUCGGGCGCGAGCGAGGGAGGGAGGCGGACCACGCUAGAACCCUCUCUACGCCACCACCAGCAGCACAGCACCCCCUCUUCUCCGUCUCGCUGCCCACUCGAGCUCGACGCCUCGGGGCUCCCGCCGGCGGGCGGCCCGAUCGAUGGGGGCGGGCACCACCACCAAUGGCCUGCCCAACGGCGCGGCGGCCAAGGGGGAGCGGGCAGGGGACGGGACCGCGGUGUUCCGGGGCACGGCGUACGCGCCGCUGCGGACCACGGUGGCGCUCGCACUCUGGCUCGGGGCCAUCCACUUCAACGUCUUCCUCGUCCUCGCCUCGCUCUUCCUCUUCCCGCGCCGCGUCGCCGCCCUGGUGCUGGCCACGCAGCUCUUCUUCAUGUUCGUGCCCGUCAAUGAUAAGAGCAGAUUGGGCCGCAAGAUCGCCAGGUUCAUAAGCAGGUACGUGAUUGGGUAUUUUCCCGUCACUUUGCAUUUGGAGGACUACGACGCCUUCGAUCCCAGCAGAGCUUACGUGUUCGGCUAUGAGCCUCAUUCUGUUUUGCCCAUCGCUGUCGGGAUCCUCGGGGACCUUGUUGGAUUCAUGCCGCUACCGAAGAUGAAGAUUCUUGCAAGCAGUGCGGUGUUCUAUACCCCGUUCCUUAGGCAAAUAUGGACGUGGUUGGGGUUGGCUCCUGCAUCAAGGAAGAGUUUCUACUCCUGCCUUGGAGCUGGUUAUAGCUGUAUCAUAGUGCCCGGAGGUGUGCAGGAAAUACUUCAUAUGGAUCAUGAUUCAGAGGUUGCUUUUCUUAAAUCAAGAAAAGGUUUUGUUAAGAUAGCUAUUGAGAUGGGUUGCCCUGUAGUCCCUGUUUUUGCUUUCGGACAGAGUUACGUAUACAAAUGGUGGAGACCAAGUGGCAAAUUAAUUGUCAAGAUUGCUAGAGCAAUCAAAUUUUCUCCAAUUAUCUUCUGGGGAAAAUUGGGAACUCCCAUACCUUUUGCUACACCAAUGCAUGUGGUUGUUGGAAGGCCAAUUGAAGUUGUAAAGAACCCUCAGCCUACCACCGAUGAGAUCAAUGAAGUCCACAAGCAAUUUGUCGCUGCAAUGCAAGAGCUAUUCGAGAAAUACAAGGCCAGAACUGGAUACCCCGACCUUCAGUUAAGAGUUCUAUGAUGACAUGCUGUUCCAACCAAAAGUUCUUACAAGCUGGGUUGAAGGGAUAAAAUCGCUAUGCAGGCCCAUCAAUUCAAUUGCUCGUACCAUUGGAGCUGUGUAAUGUUUCAACUGAAGAAGAUCUCUCAAUCAGAAUCCAGUAGCAUCAAAUGUACUACAAGUUAGUAGCAGCAGCUUGGCUGGAUGUCCGUGUGAUGUGCUCCUAACAUCUUUUGGUGCCCUCGAGGCUCCGAUGCAAAUAUAUGCAUUGGUUUGCAUUUGUUUACUAACAGAAAAAACCUAUAGCAGAUUUAGGUUCAUUGACCUUGGAGCCUGUACGAGAAACUUAAAGCUUUCGUAUGGCAUGCCGCUUCAGAUUGGAGCAGCACAACAGACCUGAAUAACGCUUUGUACACGAAAGGCUUCAGUACACGAACCCUGCUGCAUUGAUAUUAGCAGUUUACUAUUGCUUAAUCAAAAGGAAUAAGAGAGUACACAUUAA